GUACUUCACAUUAUUUAUGAACCUUUUGAAUGACUGUAGUGAAGUUGAAGAUGAAAAUGCACAAACAGGUGGCAGGAAACGUGGCAUGUCUCGGAGGCUGGCAUCACUGAGGCACUGUACAGUCCUUGCAAUGUCAAACUUACUCAAUGCUAAUGUGGACAGUGGGCUCAUGCACUCAAUAGGUUUAGGUUAUCACAAGGAUCUCCAGACAAGAGCUACAUUUAUGGAAGUUCUUACAAAAAUCCUUCAACAAGGCACAGAAUUUGACACACUUGCAGAAACGGUGUUGGCAGAUCGGUUUGAGAGACUGGUGGAACUGGUCACAAUGAUGGGUGAUCAGGGAGAGCUUCCUAUAGCUAUGGCUCUGGCCAAUGUGGUCCCUUGUUCUCAGUGGGAUGAACUAGCUCGAGUUCUGGUUACUCUAUUUGAUUCUCGGCAUUUACUCUACCAACUGCUCUGGAACAUGUUUUCUAAGGAAGUAGAAUUGGCAGACUCCAUGCAGACUCUUUUCCGAGGCAACAGCUUGGCCAGUAAAAUAAUGACAUUCUGUUUCAAGGUAUAUGGUGCUACCUACCUACAAAAACUCCUGGAUCCUUUAUUACGAAUUGUUAUCACAUCCUCUGACUGGCAGCAUGUUAGCUUUGAAGUGGAUCCUACCAG